GCCGCGCAUCGCUCGCAACUCAAAAUUCCAGGUCGAUUGACCUACAUCGUACCUAUACAGCGGGUCUACACAAACUAGAAAUCGAUGAUAACAUGAGUUCAUCCAGCGCGGAUGGCUCAUACGAGCUUUACAACUACAAUCCUUCGGUCGCUGCCGCCGCCAUUUUCGUUCUACUCUUCAUUGCCGUAACCGCCUGCCAUGUCUACCAAUUGGCCCGAGCGCACGCGUGGUAUUUCACCUGCUUCAUUCUGGGCGGACUAUUCGAAGUUAUUGGCUACAUCGCGCGUGCCGGAGCGCACAACAAUACAAGCAAUCUCUCCAUCUUCACUAUCCAGACGCUAUUCAUUCUCCUUGCACCACCUCUCUACGCAGCAACUUUAUACAUGACACUAGGCCGAUUAAUCUUCUACCUCGACAAAGAAGAGCUCAGCUCCGUGCCGACGCGCUGGCUCACCGUGAUCUUUGUUGCGGGGGAUAUCAUAUCUUUUCUAAUUCAAGGAGCAGGCGGCGCGAUCCUCACCCACACUACAACCGACCCCUCCGCCCUUACCACCGGCCAAAACGUCAUCAUCGCCGGCCUAGUCAUCCAACUGAUCUUCUUCACCGUCUUCGUCCUCGUCGCCACUGCCUUCCACUAUCGCAUCCACCGCAUUCCUUCCUCGAAAUCCAUCUCCUCAUGCAUCGCCACCGACGGCUGGUUCCACGCCACCUGGGAGACCACCCUGCUAGCCCUCUACUUCGCCAGCGCGAUGAUCCUGGUGCGCUCGGUGUACCGACUUGUGGAGUACGCAAGUGCCGGGACCACCGGUAGCGACGGCUAUUUGGGACGGCAUGAGUUAUUUGCGUAUGUGUUCGAUGCGUUGCCCAUGCUUCUGGGGAUGGUGGUGAUGGCGGUAUGGCAUCCCUCGCGGGUGUUGUUGUUGAACCGCAAGGAAGGGAAUGAUGUGCAGAUGAGUAAGAUAUACCUUGGGUGAGUGGAAUGUAGUAUAAAGUGCCCCGCAAGUGGGGACUUAGUAUAUGUCGUGUAUGAUUUCUGCUAGCGAGAUGGUUCUGUUUACUACUUUCGGGUUAAGGUAUCACAUCUCGGG